AAAAAAAAAAACACAACAGCGACGGAGGGAAAGAAACAAUAAAACGAAUUUCCUGAUUCUUUUUAUCCCUUCUCUUCAUCUCUUCAUCUCCUCCCUUCUCCGAUCGAUUCCACACGCUCGGAUCCUUCGAUCCCACGAAAAAGGUAUCAAAAGUUGCGCAAUGAGUUGGAAACUUCCUAUUUUUGGUGGGGGCCAGCAGCAACAAGCUCCAUCGAAUAUCCCAGAUAUCCCUACGCAGUCGUGGUAUCCUCCCUCGGUGCUUAGCUCAUCUUCGCGCCUUUCUGCGGCAAGUAGUUCUUCCAGUGUUGGUGGUAGUCAAAAAACUCCGGAUGGCCCUGCUCCGCAUGGACAGCCGUCGCCAGCUGGGGCAGCAGGAAUAAUUGCUCGCUUGAAGGAAAAAAGCGUUGAUGAGUUGCGAAAACUUUUAGCUGAGAAAGAGUCAUAUAAUGCUUUCUUCAAUUCACUUGACCAAGUUAAAAUUCAGAAUAAUGUACGUGACGAACUUCGUAAGGAGACAUUGCAACUUGCUAGAGAAAAUUUGGAAAAAGAACCCUGCAUAUUGGAGCUCAGGAACCAGUGCACUGUAAUUCGGACAACUGAACUGGCCGCUGCUCAAGAGAAGCUGGCUGAAUUGGAGAGGCAAAAGGAGGAGACUUUGAGGUCGUAUUCCCCUGCUGCACUUCUUGAGAAGUUGCAUGAUGCUAUGAAUAAGGUGGACGAAGAAUCUGAGCAACUACACAUGAAGCUUCUUGAGAAGGAGGUCGACUUACCUGCCUUUGUACAGAAGUACAAGAAGCUCCGCACCACUCACCACCGACGGGCGUUGCUCCAUCUCGCUGCCAAUACUUCGGUUUGCUAAUAGCCUGGAUUUGCUUGCCCUUAUUGUUGUAUCGCCAUAGCUUCGCUUGUGAUGGACUCUGCUUGCACUUCUUCUGUGUGCCUCAUCUUCUUUUUAUUAAUAGUGUGUCUAAUUUGGUUUCAUUUGUAGUGCUGGUGUGCUUUUUUGCAGCUUUUGAGGCUAUGCUAUAUGGUUUUACUCUUGAGACCAAAUCAAGAAAAAUCAUCAGGUUUGUUGUUUUUUCAUCCAAGCGAGAACAAAUUUCUUCACUAAUUUUUUUUUAUACACAACCAAGCCCAUUUUGGUGUGUGCUUAUUUUGGUUUUCCCAUUUUGGUGUACCUAAUCGCUUGGAACGUAUGCCCAGUUUGGUUCUGGUAGUGUAGUAGGUAAAGACUGUUGGAUUUGUA